CAAACUCUAUUUGAGUAGGCGGGCACUAACACCGUGGCAGACGAAUGGGCGCGGUAUUGGGGUCGGACAGGAAAAGAAGAAAAAAGCGAGGACAGCGGAACCAAAAACGAUGGCUGCCAUUCGGAAGAAGCUAGUCAUUGUUGGCGAUGGUGCAUGUGGGAAGACCUGUUUGCUCAUAGUUUUCAGCAAGGACCAGUUUCCUGAAGUGUAUGUCCCCACUGUAUUUGAGAACUAUGUUGCUGACAUCGAAGUUGACGGAAAACAGGUGGAGCUGGCUCUCUGGGAUACAGCAGGUCAGGAGGACUACGACAGACUGCGGCCCCUGUCUUAUCCCGACACUGACGUCAUACUCAUGUGCUUCUCCAUAGACAGCCCAGACAGUUUGGAAAACAUUCCAGAGAAGUGGACUCCGGAGGUCAAACACUUCUGUCCGAACGUUCCCAUCAUUUUGGUGGGCAACAAGAAGGAUCUGCGCAAUGAUGAGCACACACGCAGGGAACUAGCAAAGAUGAAACAGGAACCUGUUAAACAAGAGGAGGCUCGGGACAUGGCCCUUCGCAUCAGUGCGUUUGGCUACCUGGAGUGCUCAGCGAAGACAAAGGACGGUGUCAGGGAUGUGUUUGAAUUGGCUACAAGGGCAGCACUGCAAGCCAAGAAGCGCAGCAAAAAGAGCGCCUGCCUCUUGUUAUAGAGGGUGAGAGAAGGUUGGGGAAGGGAGGGAGGGGGAUGUAAGCCAAGCCAACCAAGGAAAAUGAGGAGUUAUUAUUAUGAAGGGGGGAGCGACGCAAACCCCUGCUGUGUAAGGCUCAGGGGACGGAGAUGUGAAAUCAGGCCAAAGGACCGAGUGAAGUAAAAAGGGACUUAGCUUUCUCAAGGUCAAUGCGCUGUCUUUUGUAAGGCGAUUUUUGUAAAAUGAAAAAGUUAAAUUUUGGUCCUAUGUUACACAAAAAAAGUUCCGUGAUGGCACACUAUACUACACUUGCAUCUGAAUAUGAUGGUGCUCCUCACUGGCCAUCAUCUGUGGGACCAGAUGAUGGAUUUCCUCUCUUUCUUUAUUUUUGGGGACGUAUGAUGAUUCUAGAACCCCAGCGCUUGUUCUGAAUACAGAACCUGGUUCUAAUUUGGAGCUUUGAGAAGUGUUGUUGGAGGCAGGAGAGUGGGAAAUAAUACCAUCAGACAAAGACGUUCCCUGUAUAUCUGGGUACCCUCCUAGGGACACUGUGUCCCUCUGUCCAUCUUGACUGGACCGGCAGUUUCUGCCCUGUUAACUAGCCUGACAUUGUGCAUAAUACAACCUCCAACUUGUCAUUCAGUGAUGCCACUGGUUGAAUCUAUUGAACAAGCAAUUUUGGUUUAUUUAAAAAAAAAAAAAAAAUAGCCAUUGCCUUAAAAAAUGUAAAUGCAUACUACAUUAAUGAUACUAAUGCAGUCUUUUGUGUGUGAAUGUUUUAUACUCUUGUCAACGCCAUGCUUAAAAAAAUGGAUUGAACAGAUCUAAGACUACUUGAGUCUGUACUUGGACUGUCCAGAUGUCUGGAUUAGGGAACAGUUGUAUACCUUUAUAUUAGAUGGUUUUGGAAAGAAAAAAGUGUAUUUCUCUGCUACAGUUUUUAUUGACGUAGGGCCUACUGUAAUGUUACUGAGCGUUUCCCCCAGGGGAAAGCCCUCCGUUACCCCAUGUACCUUUUUAAUACUAUUGACAUGUACUCAACCUGUGUUGUCUCUCUCUCUCUUUUUUAACAAUGUGUGAUAUUCUACUGGCCUUUACGUUCAAUUAUAUACAUUAUUAGCCAAACCUUCGCAGAACCAGAGUUUGGAAGGAACAUGAACCCAAGAAACCAACUAAAUGCCUUGUUAUUAAUUUACAAGAACUGUGGUUUGAAAGAGAACUAAACCGAUGUUACAACAACAAUGUUUUGUAGACUGACAAAGUUCCUGGUUCUUUAAGAAAAUAAAUUGUUACAGGAUGACUCUAA